AUGGCAACAGAAGGUAAAGUGGUUGAGCCUGAAUUUGAGCAUCCUAAGAAGGCGUUUGGUUGGGCAGCUAGAGAUCCUUCUGGUGUUCUCUCACCUUUCAAUUUCUCUAGAAGGGAAACAGGUGAGAAAGAUGUAGCAUUCAAGGUGUUGUAUUGUGGGGUAUGCCACUCUGAUCUUCAUAUGGCCAGGAGUGAAUGGGGCAAUUCCAUCUAUCCACUUGUUCCAGGGCACGAGCUUGUGGGAGUAGUAACAGAGGUUGGAACUAAAGUAGAAAAGUUUAAAGUUGGAGACAAAGUAGGUGUGGGCUACAUGGUUGAUUCAUGCCGAUCCUGCCAAAAUUGUGGCGACGAUCUUGAGAAUUACUGUCUCCAAUAUACAGUCACAGGUGGUGGAAAAUAUCGUGAUGGUACUGUCACAUAUGGAGGUUACUCCGACUCGAUGGUUGCAGACGAACACUUUGUGAUUCGCAUUCCUGAGAGUUUAUCUCUUGAUGUUGCUGGUCCUCUCCUAUGUGCUGGUAUCACUGUGUAUAGCCCUCUUAGAUAUUAUGGACUUGACAAGCCUGGAAUGAAUAUAGGCGUUGUUGGUCUGGGUGGACUUGGUCAUAUGGCUGUCAAAUUUGCAAAAGCUUUGGGUGCCAAUGUGACAGUAAUUAGUACAUCACCUAACAAAGAAAAGGAAGCAAUAGAACACUUGGGAGCUGACUCAUUUCUGAUAAGCCGUGAUCCUGAUCAGAUGCAGGCUGCAAUUGAUACUUUGGAUGGUAUUAUUGACACAGUUUCAGCGAGUCAUCCUAUCUUACCGCUGGUCAGUAUAUUGAAAUCUCAUGGAAAGCUUGUAAUGGUUGGUGGGGUAUCAAAGCCCCUUGAGCUUCCUGUAUCUUCUUUACUCAGAGGGAGAAAGUUAGUAGCUGGAAGUUUAAUUGGAGGUAUUAAAGAGACACAAGAAAUGAUUGAUUUUGCAGCGGAACACAAUGUAAAGCCUGAGAUUGAGAUCGUUCCUAUUGAUUAUAUCAACACAGCUAUGGAGCGUCUUGUUAAAGCAGACGUGAAAUAUCGAUUUGUGAUUGAUAUCGGAAACACAUUGAAACCAAGCUCUUGA